AUCUCCUUCUGCACAAACAAGCUAGAGUAAGAGAACCAACAAAGUUCAGUUUUUACUGCCUUUUUCUCUCUGCAACAAUCGCAGAUCCACUGUGUGAAAGAGAGCAGCAGCAGAGAAUGGAAGAAGAGAUGAGAUGACCUGUUGGGUUCCUACCCCCAGAGACUUAAAUUGGUGGUUUGCAGAGGGCAGCAGAGAUCACUGAUGAGAGAGAAAGUCAUUAGACAUAUAUAGAGAGAGAUAAAGAGAGAGAGAGAGAGAGAGACAACACUAGUCCACUAGCUUUUCAGCCAUGGCGGCGUGGCAGAGCAGCUGCAAUUCUGUGUCUUUAAUGUGUUAGUACUACUCACUCAGCCAAAGAAUUGAAGGCUCCAUUUAACUCUGUAGUAGUCUGUAUCGUCUGUCCCCAAAAAGUCUCCCUCCGACGUGUUUGUCCCAGAAAAAACAGCAAUUGCCCUACCACUCCCACCACCACCACCCUUUCAACAACAACAAUUGGUCACUAGAAAUUAAAAAAAUUAAAGAGAUUUCAAGAAUUCAAGAAAAAACAAACACAACCCUGGCCCAUUUUUUGUACAUCUUACCCACAUCCCAAAAAGCAAAAACCAACUGAAACCCACAGAAGCUCAGACAAAUUGAAGAACACCCAUUUCAUUUCUUUUGGGGGGGUUUUUUAAUCCAAUCUUUUAGGCUGUUUGUGUUUCUGGCUAUGGAUAAUCACUCACAAUUGAGGCUCGGGACUGGUUUUGAGGUCGAAGAAUGGCUGGGUUUUUCUCACUAAGUGGAGGCGGCGGCAAAGAACAAGACACAACCACCACCACCACCAACAACAUUAGCCCCACAAACCAACCCAACCAAAUCACCCCCGAGAGCUGGUUCUUGUUCAGAUCAAACGAACCGGACGCCACAUCUUACAAGGGUUUCGAGCUAUGGCAGCAUCACGUCCACCAGCAGCAGCAAAGGCACAGUCAAUUGCAGGAUCUUUAUGCAUCGGGUGGUGGAGGUGUAGCCGGCGAUGGACCCAGCAGGCCCGGUGUAAUCAACUUCUCAAAUGAAUCCAUGAGAAGUGGUGGCACCGGAGCAGGAGGCGGAGGGAUUAGCUGCCAAGACUGCGGGAAUCAAGCCAAGAAAGACUGUGCACACAUGAGGUGUAGGGCUUGCUGCAAGAGCAGAGGGUUUGAGUGCCAAACCCAUGUCAAAAGUACUUGGGUUCCUGCCGCCAAGAGACGUGAGAGACAACAACAGUUUGCUGUGUUGCAACACCAACAAAGACUACAGCAAGAAGAAGUCAAGCAAUUGCAAUUGCAGCAACAAUUCAGAGACAACAAUAUUCCCAAAAGACACAGAGAGAAUCCACCAACUUCCUCUCUCAUCCGCAGUCGUUUACCCACCAACACCUCAGGGUUGGAAGUGGGAAAUUUUCCAGCAGAGGUGAAUUUGUCAGCGAAUUUUCGUUGCGUUCGAGUGAGCUCCAUUGAUGACACUGAUGAUCAAUAUGCAUAUCAGACUGCUGUGAACAUUGGUGGACACAUGUUCAAGGGGAUUCUCUAUGAUCAUGGCCCUGAGACUCAUUACAUGGCCGGGGAGAGCUCCUCCGGUGGCGGCGGCGAUGGCAGCGGAGGGGUUCAACAGCAUAAUCUCAGUACUACUUCCACCGCCUCCACCGCCAGCGUCAGUGCCGCGGUGGGUUCGUCCGCCAUGGCUUUUCUUGACCCUUCUCUCUACCCAGCUGCUCAACUCAACAAUUUCAUGACUGGUACGCAGUUCUUCCCACACCCAAGAUCUUAAAACACCGCCACAUUCUCUCUCUAGAGCAUAUGAUAUGAUCAAUGUUUAUGUUAAUUUCUGGUAUAUUUGAUACCCAUUGAACCAUAUACUACAGAAAGAGAAAUGAGAACAAAUUAAGAGGAGGAAAAAUGAAUAUAUGAUGUUUGGUUUUUAGUUCAUAUUUCAAU